CUGAGCUCUGCAGCGUGGAGAUGCCUUGCGUCAGGAGAGGAACUGGGAACAUCGCAAAUCCAGGCAGUCCGGCAGAAAAUGUCGAGAGCAUUUGCAUCGCUUAGUAAACCAAUGGUCAGACCACAGCAGCACCUCCCCGAUUGAUCGAAGGUAAGCGCGAUUGAAAGCAUCGUCUCUUGUCCUGGUGGGGUUGCAUCCAAGCACCCAUGGCCAACAAGAUCGAGAACCCCGUCAUCAUUAUCGGCGCUGGUAUCAGCGGCCUCCUUCUUGCGCAAUACCUAACCCUGGCCAAAAUACCAUUUCGCAUCUUCGAGCGUCGAGAGAACCUUGGGACUACGAACGAAGGAUGGGGACUAACCCUGACUUGGAGCCUUCCCACCUUACGGGAUUUGCUUCCGGCUUCAUUGUGGCAUCGUCUGCCUGAAGCAUAUGUUGACCGAGCUGCCGUCGAGCGAGGCGAAGCUUCCACAUUCCCAUUCUUCGACCUGAGCACCGGCGAGCUCAAGGGCAAAACACCUCCAGCACCAGCGUCACGAAGAAUCAGAGUCAAUCGAGAGAAGUUUAGAAAUUUGUUGGCAACAGGCAUUGCUAUCGAGUGGGGCAAGACACUCAGCUCAUACGAAUCUGCUAAAGAUGGAGUGACUGUCUUCUUCAAAGAUGGCUCGGAAUGCUCGGGCAGCCUUUUGGUGGGUUGUGACGGUACGCACUCAGAGGUGCGAAGCCAACUACUCCCUGACGCGAACGAAAACUAUAUACCCAUUCGCUUGAUGGGUACCAAAUUGCACAUGUCGCCAAUCGAAAUUGAGCCGUUGCGUAAUCUUGAUUCUUUCUUCCUCCAGGCCACGUCGUCUAAGAACGAUACUUUCGUUUACUUCAGCGUGCUCGAUGCGCCUGGCAACGGGAGUUCUCGGAGCUACGUCGCGCAGAUCGUUGUCUCUUGGCCAUAUCGCAAAGGGUUUCUCAACCGUGACAGCCCGCUUGCCAUGCCGUCCUCAAAUGCUGCACGAUUGGAUCUAUUGAAGACCUUCGCUGAAACAUGGGCAGAACCCUUUCGCUCAUUGGCGUUCAACUUACCGGACACAGCUGAAUUGAAGCCUCUGGAUCUUACAGACUGGCCGCCAGCAAAAGAUGUCCAUGGCAAUGGACGAGCAAUGUUGGUCGGAGAUGCUCUGCACCCAAUGGCUAUGUAUCGUGGAGACGGUGCUAACCACAGUAUCCAGGAUAUUCAAGAGAUUGCUCAGACAAUCGCACCAUUGCUUUCGGGAACUAUUUCUGAGUCCACGCUCCGGGCUGCAAUAGACAAUUACGAGGACGAAGUCAUUGCCAGGUGCCGCCCAGCGGUGUUGGCUUCCCGGCAAGCUGCGUUUGAUGCGCAUGACUAUCGUAGGAUCAAUCCGCAGAGUCCAUUACUGAGUCCGCGUGUCAUGAUGAUCAAGUUUGACGAGCACGACGAGGUAUAAGUGGCCCGUGUAAGUCUCGAGUCUUUGCAAUGAAAGAAAGUAGUUUGCAUACUUUGUUC